AUAUGUGGGUGGCCUAUCGAACAACCUCCACGAGGUGGCAGCUCUGGCGCACAGCACAUUUCAGGGUUUACGCAAUUUCUAUCCGUUCGAUUUUCUUCGACCUGUGAAAAGGCAUUUUACCCCCUGCCAGGACUGCUAAAUCUACUCUCUUAGAAGCGCCUAUAGGAAGCCCAGAACCAUGUCACAUGCAUUUGCCGCCGCCGUCUGCCGGUCCACCGCAUCCAUGUCAUUGGCCCUGCGCUGCAGCCGGCGCGCCAUGAGCUCCGCCAGAUUGCUGCGUAUGGCGGGUGCCACAGCCUCCUCCACUGCCUGCAAGGACUGGCAGAGAAGCGGACUACUCGCUGCGCCCAGGACCGGCAACAAGCAGCAGUACCUGCGCCAGUACGCCAACGAGAAGAAGGUAUUUGAGCGCACCAAGCCCCAUUGCAAUGUGGGCACCAUCGGUCAUGUGGAUCACGGCAAGACCACACUCACGGCUGCCAUCACCAAGGUUCUGGCCGACAAGCAGCUGGCCGAGAGCAAGAAGUACAAUGAAAUCGACAAUGCGCCCGAGGAGAAGGCUCGUGGCAUCACCAUCAAUGUAGCCCACGUGGAGUACCAAACGGAAACGCGCCACUAUGGCCACACCGAUUGUCCAGGACAUGCGGAUUAUAUCAAAAACAUGAUCACGGGCACGGCCCAGAUGGAUGGCGCCAUUCUCGUUGUGGCCGCCACUGAUGGCGCCAUGCCCCAGACCCGUGAGCACAUGCUGCUCGCCAAGCAGAUCGGCAUUGAUCACAUUGUGGUGUUCAUCAACAAGGUGGACGCUGCCGAUGAGGAGAUGGUCGACCUGGUAGAGAUGGAGAUCCGGGAGCUGCUCACCGAGAUGGGCUAUGAUGGUGACAAGAUUCCUGUGGUGAAGGGUUCGGCGCUGUGCGCCCUCGAGGACAAGAGUCCCGAGAUUGGCAAGGAGGCGAUCCUGAAACUGCUUCAGGAAGUGGAUAGCUUCAUUCCCACGCCUGUCCGCGAGCUGGACAAACCUUUCCUGCUGCCUGUUGAGAAUGUGUACUCGAUUCCCGGACGCGGAACCGUCGUCACUGGCCGCCUGGAGCGCGGAGUGGUCAAGAAGGGCAUGGAGUGCGAGUUCGUGGGCUAUAACAAGGUGCUCAAGUCGACGGUGACGGGCGUGGAGAUGUUCCAUCAGAUUCUGGAGGAGGCGCAAGCCGGUGACCAGCUGGGAGCUCUAGUGCGCGGCGUAAAGCGAGAUGACAUCAAGCGCGGCAUGGUCAUGUGCAAACCGGGCAGCGUGAAGGCUCUCGAUCAGCUGGAAGCCCAGGUGUACAUCUUGUCCAAGGAAGAAGGCGGCCGCACAAAGCCCUUCAUGUCCUUCAUCCAACUGCAGAUGUUCUCCCGCACCUGGGAUUGCGCCGUGCAAGUGCAGAUUCCCGACAAGGAAAUGGUAAUGCCCGGCGAGGAUACCAAGCUCGUUCUGCGCCUCAUCCGGCCAAUGGUCUUGGAGCAGGGACAGCGCUUCACGCUGCGUGACGGAAACCUGACCCUGGGCACCGGUGUCGUCACCAGCACUAUGCCUCCUCUGACUGAAUCACAGAGAUCCGAGCUGACGGAGGGCAAGAAGGCGCGCGAGAAGAAGGUGGCGGCUAAGAAGUAGAUCACCGGAACGCCGUCAGUCAUUAAAUAAAAUAUUCUUAAGCGAUUUUUAUGCAUAUUGUAUAAGUUGUUGGCGCUCCAAUCACAGUCGAGUAAAAUAUAAACAAACACCUACGGACAACCAA